AUGAUAGAUCAAUUAUAUUUAUUUAUUGUUAUUAUUUAUUCUUUUAUUUUUGAAACAAAUCACCAAGUAAUAGGAUCAUUAGAACCUUUAGUUAUUAAUGGUGAUAGAACAAAAUCACAAUUUCCACAACUUGUUACAGCAGAUAAUUUUCCUUUAUUUCCAUUUACAGAUCAAUUUAAUUGGGGUAUUGAAGUUAAUCCAGCUAAUAAAGUGGCAUUAUCUACUGAUAUAAAUAUUCCAGUACCAGGAUGGGGUAAUUGGGAUAUGGAUGGUACAUUAUAUACAGGGCAUAUUAAUACAGAUACAAGAGUUGGUACUAUUGUAAGACCUGUAAAUAAAUUAAAUAUAAAUCCUGAAACAUUAGCAUUACUUGGAAAAAAUCCUUCAUUUAGAGCAGCUAGAAAAAAUGCCAAAGAAGUUUUGGUUGGAAAACUUCCAUAUAAUUAUGAACCAUUACGUUGUAAACCACCAUAUUGUAAUCCAUUUGUAUCUUUUGUUGCUGCAGGAAGUGAAUUUGAAGAAGGUGAUGAUAUUUUUUUUAUUGGUGGUCUUGAUUUUCCUGUAUCUGUUGGAUUAUUAGGACAAGGAGUACGAUAUCCAUUGUCUGGUGUUUUUGAGUAUGGUACAUCACCUGUAUCAUAUAUGCAUGCUAAUGCUUACAAUCCCGUAACACCAUUUGAUUUUACAAAAAUUGAUAAUGUUGGAAAAAGAUCUCUGGAACCACAUAUAGUUAAUUCAGAUCUUAAAACUCAACAAUUUCCUGAACUUAUUACAGCAGAUAAUUUUCCUCUAUUUCCAUUUACAGACCAAUUUAAUUGGGGUAUUGAAAUUAAUCCAGCAAAUAAAGUUGCCUUAGGUAGUGAUCUUAAUAUUCCUGUACCAGGAUGGGGUAAUUGGGAUUUGGAUGCUAAUUUGUAUACAGGUCAUAUUAAUACUGAUACAAAAGUUGGUGUUCAAGUAAGACCUACUAAUAAACUUGGAAUUAAACCAGAAACUUUAGUAUUACUUGGACAAAGUCCUGCAUUUAGAGCUGCAAGAAAAAAAGCUAAAGAAGUUUUAAUUGGAAAAAUGCCAUAUAAUUAUAUGCCAUCAAAAUGUAAACCACCAUAUUGUAAUCCAUUUGUUCAUUUUGUAACAGCUGGUGUUGAAGUUGAAGAAGGAGAUGAUACAUUUUUUAUUGGUGGUAUAGAUUUUCCAGUACCUGUUGGUCCAAAUGGACAAGGUGUAAGAUUUCCUUUAUCAGGAGCCUUUGAACAAGGUACCUCUCCAUUUGCUUAUGUUCAUGCUCAUGCAUACAAUCCAUCAACACCUUUUGACUUUACAAAAAUUGAUAAUGUACGUAAAAGUCCUAAGAAAAAAUAUUUAACUGAGAAAAUAGAUAAGGAAGUUGAAGAUAAAGAUAAAUAUCAUGCUUCGAGUAUUAAAUUACGUAAAAAACGUCAAGUAAACAUGGAUAGAAUAACAAAACUUUCUAAAUAUUAUUAUCUUUAUUAUUAA